AUGCGUGUUUUCGUUACCGGAGGUACCGGCUUCAUCGGCAAAGCUGUCGUUGAAGAACUGAUCGGGAAAGGACAUAGCGUCCUGGCCCUGACUCGUUCCGAGAAAGGUGCGAAGCUUCUGGCCAACCUAGGUGCCGACGUAUAUCAUGGCAACCUGGGGGACCUUGAAAGUCUGAGAAAAGGAGCUGCCGCAUCAGAGGGCGUCAUUCAUUGUGCUUUCCGAAACACCGUCCAGGAUUUCACUGUGGCUGAAUUUGAAGCAGCCUGCCAAGAGGAGAGGCAGGCGAUUGAGGCAAUUGGAAAUGCUCUUGUUGGAUCAAAUAAGCCACUGGUCAUCACGUCGGGCACGAUGUUGCUUCCACCCGGUCGCUUAGGAACAGAAGAUGACCACGAUCCUAACCCUCGUUCACCUAUCGCUUUGGCCCGAGGACCGUCAGAGAUAUUGGCUUUGUCGUUUGCCUCGAAAGGAGUACGUGUUUCUAUCCUUCGCAUCCCACCCGUCAAUUAUGGUGAAGGGGACGAAGGUUUCGUUCCAAUGAUGAUAGACGCAGCGCGGAAGAACAUGAAAUCGAUAUAUAUGGGCGACGGGUUAAACCGCUGGCCAGCGACACAUGUGCAAGACACUGCCAAAGCUUAUCGUUUGGCGCUCGAAAAGGCCCCAGCCGGUUCAACUCUCCACGGCGUGGCUGAACAAGGCGUUCCGUUGAAAGAUAUUGCUGAAGCGAUCGGAGAACGGCUGAGUGUUCCGGUGGAGAGUAAGGAAUGGGAGGAUAUGAAAGCACAUUUCGGGUGGUUGGCCAAUAUAGUUGCUCUUGACAACUAUAUCUCCAGCCAGAAGACACAGGCACUACUGGACUGGAAGCCAAAGCAGCGCCCACUUUUGUCUUAUAUCAAGGAGGAUAUAUGA